AAUAUCACCACAUCUGUGAAGACAAUCACCAAACUAAUUAACAAUAUUUCUCUCGGACCGAACUUAACAGCAAAAAUAGAAAAGCGGAGUAGACGCAAGUCAGAACAAACAGUCGGCUACACAAACAUCUUUCCGAAAUGGCCGAUAGCACCAGACCCGGUGACGUGAGCUAUCCCGACACCAAUGGAAGCAGUUUCAAAAAUGCCGUAACUAAUGGGCCCGUGGUUGAUCACAUCAAGUCGGAGGCUGCCCGUACCGAACAAGAGCUACGCGAAUUGAAAAAUGCUCGUGUGACGCCCUCGACCACCACUGCGACCGGCCAACACCUGACCUAUUACCAUUCCCUGUUGUACAGCCUCCUGAGCUGGGAACAACCCCGAGCUACUGCUGCUUCGUUUGCGACCGUCGUGACUUUUAUUUUCGCCGCCCGUUACCUGCCUCUGCUCCGCUGGUUCUUCAAAUUCGUCUACGUGGCUCUAGGAUUUACCGCUGCCGCCGAGCUCGGUGGUAGACUCGUGCUGUCGCAGGGCCUCGCAAGCUCUUUCCGCCCUCGUAAAUACUACACCAUCCCGAAGGAGACGAUCGAGGGAGUCUAUGAGGAUCUUGAACAGCUCCUGAACUUUGUCCUCCUCGAAUUCCAGCGCAUCCUGUUUGCCGAGAACAUCGUCCACACUGUCGCUGCUUUCGCUGCCGCCUUCAGCGCCUAUUGGUUGAUCAAAUGGCUUCCAUUCUGGGGUCUGUCUCUGAUCGCGGUUACCAUCGCUUACAUUGGACCUCUGGUCUACAUGAACAACCGUGAAGUCAUCGAUGCACAGAUCGAAAACCUCCAAGAAGUGGUCAACUCUCAGGCCCACCAACUGAAGGACCUUGCUGAAGAACGUACCUCCCAUGCGACCGGUUUGGUGAAGCAGUACGUGGAUGGCUACAGCGCCAAGGCCCAGGAAUACAUCGGCCAGCGUCGCUCCGUAUCGCCGCAGAUGACCAAGGUCUCCACCCCGGAGCCUGUGAUCAAGAAGGAGAUCGACACCGAGCCCGCAUUCAAGACGACGGACUUCCCGGAAGCACCCAAGGAGGAGCCCGUUGCCGUGAAGGAGGAACCCGUGGCUGUGGCGGACUCGAUUGAGCAUCCUGCUCAGAGUGUGGAGAAAGAGCCUCUUCUGGCGGCUUAAGAUGCCUCGGCCAUUUCAUGUCUUGCUCGAUCAGCCACCCACGAAUGAUCGAAUCGGGCGAUGGAUAUGCUGAUCGCGCAAGGGCUUCCUUAUUCGGCACUAUUUUGUGGGACACGCCCGACCAAAAUUGUACUGAAUGUUGAGGUAUAAG